ACAUCAACUAUAAACUUACUGAUAUCUUAAAGUAGGAACCAUUUAUCAGCUGAACUUCCAGCGUAGCCAUUUUCAAUAAAAAUAAAAGAAUAAUGUACGAGAAACCGCUUCUCAUCACCUUAACGGACCAGAUCAGUUACAAAAAUGGAAGGUGCUAAUCGAAAGGUUCGCCAUACAGCAAGGCAGCCUUGACAUUUUGCAUGGUAGAAUCACAAAAGACAAUGCUAUUGAAUUGAUAGAUAAUAACGACCAUCUUCGAGAAGAAAACCAAACAGAAGAAAACCAAAACAAAAGUGCUGAAUUACAACAAAAUGCUUUAGAUAUGUUUAACAAAAAGGAUCUCCAACUAAGCGAAGUUUUAGUAGCAACUAUCACAAGCGACAUCUUUAACGCAAUCAAUGUAACUUCUGAAGACGCUGCAGCCGAAAUAUUCGAACAGCUCUGUAGGCUCUUUGAACCACUAGAAAACCUGCCAAUGUUACACAGUAAAUUCCUUAAUAGUAAGUUGGAAUAUGGUAAAGAUGCAUACGCCUUCUAUUUUGAUUUAAAGGAAUUAUUCAAAAAAUUAGAAAAAUCCGGCGUAACCAUAGGAAAACAAGCACAGAAAGCUAAAGCAAUACAAUCAUUACCUGACCAAUUGCGUCAGAUGAAAUUUCAACUCUCUCAAGAAACUUCUAAAGAAGUUAGUUUUAAAGAUCUCAUGGGGUGUAUCAUUGACAGAUAUAAGAACUAUGUUGCAGUUUUUCCACCAGAUAGUGCCACAUCAAACAAUCAAAAUAUUCGAUUCUUAGGCCUAUGCACCAAGUUACAAUAAAAUAUUCCAUUAAUGGAUGAAACAUGAGCAAUACGUAUGAUGCAUGCAUCAACUCAACCUUCACUCGUGCUUUAAAGAACAAUUAUAGACUACAUACACAUAGAAUUUAAGUAAACAUGCAAAAAAUAUCAACAAUAAAUCAAUAAAAGCAACAUAUUCGCCGAUAAAGUACUGAAGUACAAUAAUAAAGCAAGUCAUAUACCCUUCAUCUCAACAGGUCAAUCCAUCAAAAGAAAAUCUCACCUCACUCCAUACAUUGCGCUAUUGACCAAGGAGCAGACUCUACGUAUAUCUACAGACGAGAAUAACUCGCCUAUGCGAGAAAGCUCGGAAGACCUCAGUAGUUACUCAAAAAGCUAGCCACUAGAAACAACAUCCAUAGGCACAACAAAACUCAACUUGGAAUAUAAGAAUAGUACCAUAAAUUGGGUUGAUACAGAAGCAUUAUAGUCUCUAAAUUUCCCUCCAACAUUAAUCACGGCAAGGUUAUGCUAUAAUAUGAUCUGAGAUUAAAUUACAAACCAGAUCACAGUGGAACAUUCGAAGACAUUGAUCGUAGAGCCGUCGUCACCCACAAAAUUCCACUUGCAAAUGGAAAGAUAUGUUUUCAAACUCAAUAUAAGUAAAAUCGAUAAGUUCUCCAACUAUAGCUUCUCUGUCUCGUAUAUUAAGAGAAACGUAAAAGCCGAAUAGUAUACAUGGCUUAAACAAUUAGAUGAAUAAUCGACUCGCAACAUUCUAAAAUAAAGUCACUUCAUGACAUCCCAUGCAAGCUAAGUUAGAUUGUCACAAUUGCGAAAUUAAAAGGGCAAGUCAAGUAUCGGUUGACGGCAAGCUCGACAAAAGAAAGGUUCAUUAAACAUCUGACAACAUAUUUCACAAAAUACCCCCUCUAGAGAACUUUACAAUAAAAGACUCUACAGGUACACCUACGCCCAUUUAGCAACGUUACUAGAAGACAUCCUCAAACACAGAGAUAUAGACAGACCAAGAUUUUAGUAUCACGAUCACUAUUGAUAUUAUACAUCACAUCACCCAACUCUACUGAACACCAAUAAUAUCAACUCUUCUUGAAUCAUCAACAACGAGACUUUCCAUAUACAAAAGCUUUUAACUCCACAACUAAUCAAUUGAUCAACAAUCAAACUUUCUACACGAUCAUAUAUUCAACAUGCUUAUCAGGAUGUUUUGCGCAUAUGUAAAAAAAUCUAUUGUAAGACAUUUCCUAUUAAUUCUGACCAGCAGAAUUUCUGGGUUUUAGAAAAUACGUAUACUAAAUUUAUCAAAUUUGUUUUAUUUGAAUCAUUGGUUAUGUGGAUACAAUAUACUUCAAAAUUUCUUGCUUACAAUUACAUUUUUUCGUGUAUUUUGCAGUCUUGUUUGCAUCUAACAAUAACAUCACAUGCUCG